GAGGGACUGCACACUGACCCGACGUGUGAAACUCUGGCCAGACUUUUGCUGUUAAUCUUUGGGGAUUUGUGCAAAAAAACCACAAAGCUUGGAUAAACUCUUCAUACCUCCUGACGCUCUUUGGCCAGUUUUCUCUCUGAAGUGUGAUUUUGUGGAGCAGGUUGUAAAAGUGCUGUUAAACUCACACCGUUCAGCUGAUGGCUUUCAUUCAGUAGGUCAGGAGAUGGUGACCCAGAUGGACGCUGACAGAAGCUCAUGAAUGAGAAGGGAGCUCCACCAUGGCAUUGAAGAAGGUCGAGGUGGUGAAAGGUCUUGAGGAUGCGUCGCUGUGUGAGAAGGAGUCCUGCUCGUUCGAGGUGACUCUGAGUCACUCUUAUGUCCGCGGCGUUUGGACCAGGAACGGCGUUCCAUUCAAAUCGAAGCCCACGUGCCGCAUCUCAGCUCAGGGAAAGACGCACUGCCUGACUCUGACACGCGUGUCUCUGUCAGACGCAGGUCUGAUCAGCUUUCAGGCAGAAGGAGCUGAAACCUCUGCUACUCUCACUGUCACAGCCAGAGAUAUACAGAUUGUGAAGCACCUUCAGGACGUCAGUGUGACUGAGAGGGAGAGCGUGACGCUGGUGUGUGAAGUAAACCUGGAGGAUGUGGAUGGAAAAUGGUUCAAGAACGACAGCAGAAUAAAGGCCGGGGACAACGUCAAAAUCAGACAUGAAUGUAAAACUCACUCACUGACCUUCAAAGCCAUCAAGCCAGAAGAUGCUGGUGAGAUCAAAUUCACGGCAGAGAGAGUUUCCUCAGCCGCAGUGCUCAGAGUGAAAGAGCUUCCAGUUCAUAUUGUGAAGCCCCUCCGGGUGAAGAUUGGCAUGUAUAAACAUCGAGCGCUGUUGGAGUGCCAGGUUUCUCGUUCCAACGCCGAGGUCACGUGGUACAAGAGGAACCGAGAGAUUGUACCUAAUGGGAAAUACCAAGUGAUCAGCGAAGGUGUUUACAGACAACUCACCAUUGAUGAAGUGGGCUCUUCAGACGAGGACAUCUUCAUCUGUGAUGCUGGUGAUGACAAGACCUCCUGCCAGCUGUUCGUGGAGGAGCAGGCCAUCAGCAUUGUGCGUGGACUGGGCUCAGUUGAAGUAACAGAGCCUAAAGAGGCUCGUUUCAGAGUGGAGACCAGCAUCAAGGCGGAGCGAGCACCCAAAUGGACUUUGAACGGGGAGCUGCUAGCUUCCAGCCCGGAGGUUAAGAUCGAGAGAGAAGGAACGUCGCACCGGCUCAUUUUCACCAGCACCGACAGCAGCAUGUGUGGCACUGUCCAGUUCAGCUCAGGGAAGAGCAAGUCAACCGCAGAGCUCACUGUUACAGAGCGUCCCCUGGUGGUCACCCAGCCCAUCUCAGAUGUGGAGGUCAAAGAGAAUGGGUCAGUGACUCUCACCUGCGAGUUCUGUCCUUCUCCCAGAGUCGUGCGCUGGUUCAAAGGGAGAAUCCCUUUGCUGGACACCAGCAAGUACAGAAUGAGGCGGGAAAAGAACCGUGCCCAGAUGACCAUAAUGGGCGUGAAGGCUGCAGAUUCAGGGGAGUAUCGGUGCCUGGCUGGUGGAGCCGAGAGCAGGGGUCGGGUCAACGUAGAAGUAAAAAGACUGAAGAUCAUACGGCAUCUAGAGCAAGUGGAGAUGGAGGAAGAUGGAACUGCAGUGUUUUCCUGUGAGCUAAACCACGAGUCGCCCAGUGUUCAGUGGCUUCUCGACGACAAAGUGAUUCACCCCAGUUACUUAAACAAGAUCCAGAACUCAGGAAAAGUGUACAGCCUCAUUCUCAAAAGGCUCACUCCGCAGGACAGCAGAGUGACUUUCAAAACCAUCGGCCUCAGUGAGUCCACAACGCUCAGAGUGAAAGAGAGGCCAGCAGUGUUCCUCAGGUCUCUGGAAGAUGUAGUGGCUGAGGAACAUGGCAAAGCAUGUUUACAGUGUGAAGUCUCCAAGCAAGCAGUAACUGCCAUUUGGAGGAAAGAUGGUACAGUCCUAACCGCCAGCGAGAAGCAGGAAAUUCUACACUUGGGCAGGUCAUUAGCUCUUAUCAUUCACAGUCUCAGAAAGGACGACGCAGGGGAAUACUCUUGCGAUGUGGGAACGAGCCAAACCAAAGCCAAGGUUAUUGUUCGUGAUCUCCACAUCACUAUCAUCAAGCGCUUGAAGACAGUUGCAGCUCUCGAGGGGGAGAGCUGCCAUUUUGAGUGUGUUUUGUCACAUGACAUCAUUGAUGAGGCUUCCUGGACCCUGAACGGUGAGUUGAUUGUCAGCAACGGAAGAAUCCAGGUGGAUAACAAGGGGCGCAAGUACACAAUGGACAUCCAUGAGGUAGUGAUUUCUGAUGCUGGGGACGUGGUCUUCACCAUCAAGGAUCUCAGCUGCAGGACCAUGCUGUUCGUCAAAGAGAAGCCUGUGAGGGUCUUUAGAGACAUGCUGAAUGUUAAAGCGACACCUGGAGAAGACGCCGAGCUUAGCUGUGAGAUCACUAAGCCUCAGGCCACCAUCAAGUGGUUGAAGAACGGCAGGUUGAUCAGAGCCAGUCCUAAAUAUGAGAUUAGCCAAAAAGGCCAUCUGGUUAGGCUAAUCAUCCUUAACACAACUGUAAAGGACUCGGGAGAGUACUGCUGUGAGGCCGACGGCAUUGCUACUAGGGCAAGGUUAGAGGUCAGAGACCUCCAGCACACGUUUGCUAAAGAGCUGAAAGACUUACGAGCAGAAGAGAAGAGCAUGGCCAUCCUGGAGUGUGAGACUAAGAGGCCUGCCAGUAAAGUGACCUGGUUAAAGGGCAUGGUGGUGCUCACUUCAGGCCAGAAGUACCUGAUGAGGAGGAAAGGAGUCAUCCUGUCUCUUACCAUCUUCAACCUUGAGAAGAGUGACAGUGAUCUGUACACCUGUGAUGUUGGCACGAUGCAGAGCAGAGCGUUGCUCACAGUACUUGGUCAGAAAGUGCUCAUUUUGGAUGAACUGGAGGAUAUCGAGUGUCUAGAAGGGAACACUGUGACGUUCAGGUGUCGCAUCUGUCCGAGCGACUUCACUGAGGUUAAGUGGUAUCUCGAUGAGACUCUGCUCUACACAAACGACUUAAAUGAGAUUAACAUGCUCCCUGGUGGCUACCAUACCCUUACCAUCAAACAGCUGGAGCGCAAAGAUACAGGAACCAUCUCUUUUGAAGCUGGAGACAAGAGAUCCUACGCCUCACUGCUAGUAAGAGAAAGGCGCCCCACAAUUAUCAAAGCGUUAGAGGACACUGAAGCCAUUGAGGGAGGAAGUUUGAUGCUGCUGUGCAGGACUUCCAAACCUUGUCAUAUUGUGUGGUAUAAGGACGGCUGCUUAGUGUGGAAUUCGUCCAACUAUCUGAUGAGUCGAGCCGGAAACGAGGCCCGGUUGACCAUUCGUGAGGUCAAAGACACGGAUGCAGGAGUGUAUGAAUGCGAUGCAGGGUCUGUAAGCACCAAGGCUGUUGUGACUGUUAAAGCGGUGCCAGCUGAGUUUACAAAGCAGCUUCAGAGUCAAGACGCUGAAGAGGGAGGCAGUGUGACACUGUCCUGUGAGUUCUCCGUGCCCGGCGUUCAGUACUUGUGGCGUAAAGGACCAGAGACACUCAGAUCUGGAGAGAAGUACCUGACGAAGCAAAGAAAACAUCACAUUUCCCUCACCAUCCACAACGUGAAGCCUGAGGACUCGGGGACUUACACCUGCGUCUGCAGAAACCAAAGAACUAUGGCCACCGUUACAGUCCAUGCGGUCCCCAUCACAUUCGUUAAGGAGCUAAAAAAUCAGGAAUCAGAAGAGGGCUGGCCUGUGACGUUACGCUGCGAACUCUCCAAGGCAGGAGUGCCGGUGGAGUGGAUGAGGGAGGAGGAAGUGCUAAGCCAUGGGAUGAAGUAUCUGAUGCGACAAAUAGCAUCAAUACAGGAGCUAGUAAUCAGGAAUCCAGCGCCAGAGGACAGCGGAACCUACAGCUGUGUCUGCACAGGCCAAAGGACCAAAGCCUCAAUUAAGAUUAAUGCUCAACCCAUCACGUUCAAACAGAAGCUGAAAACUCAGACAGUUGAAGAAGGAAACAGUGUUAUUUUGCACUGUGAGCUGUCAAAACCUGGACUUCCUGUUGAAUGGAGGAAGGGCAACGAGUUGCUCAGGUCUGGAGAAAAGUACCAAAUGCGACAAAGAGGUUCAGCAAUAGAGCUGAAGAUUUUCUCUUUGAGAUGUGACGACAGCGCCGUCUACAGCUGCUCCUAUGGUGGCGUCCAGACGUCAGCUAAAGUCACUGUUAGCAGGCAACAUAUCAGCUUUAAAGAGACGCUUAAGAACCAAGUAGUUGAGGAGGGCAAAGCAGUGACCAUGUGCUGCGAACUGUCCAAAGCUGGUGUCCCAGUGGAAUGGUGGAAUGGAGAGGAGCUUCUCCAGCCUGGGCAAAAGUAUCAGAUGAGAGAAAGAGAUACAACAUAUGAGCUGAUCAUCAAUGACACCGUGCCUGAGGACAGCGGAGUCUACAAAUGUGUGUGUGGAGACCAAAAGACCAAAGCUACCAUCAAAAUUAUUGGGCUGCCUCCCACUUUCAAACAAAACUUGAAGAACCAAGAAGCUUCAGAGGAAGGCAGUGUGGUACUAAGAUGUGAGCUUUCUAAAGCUGGAGUACCUGUGGAAUGGUGGAAAGGUGAGGAACAGCUAAUGCCUGGUGGGAGGUAUCAGAUGAGACAGGAGGGCAAAGUUGCUGAGAUGGAGAUCACAAAUGUUCAUCUGAACGAUGCUGGGAAGUACAGCUGUGUUAUUGGGAAACAAACGAGCACAGCAGAGGUGAAAAUCAAAGCUCUUCCCAUCACUUUCAAACGGGAGCUCCAGGACCAGGUUUCUAAAGAAGGGGACAGUGCUGUGUUCACCUGUGAACUGUCUAAACCUGGCGCUCCAGUAGAGUGGAGAAAAGGAAGAGUUAUUCUGAAACCUGGAGAGAAGUACAAGAUGAAGCUAGAGGGAAGAUUAACCAAACUGGUGAUAAAUAACCUUGAAGAGGGUGAUUCUGGGAAAUAUAUCUGUAAAACCAAAGAUGCACAAUCAGCGGCGGAACUUACCGUGCAAGCACUGCCUCUAACCUUCAAAACCAUUCUGAAGAACCUGGAAGCUCAAGAGGGAAACAGCCUCAGUUUGUAUUGUGAGCUCUCCAGAGCUGGAGCACAUGUAGAGUGGUGGAAAGGUGAAGAAAGGUUAUGUACUGGGGAAAGGUAUCAGCUGAGGCAAAGGGAUGUAACCACAGAGCUGCUAAUCAGAAAAGCACAACCAGAAGACAGUGGAGUGUACCGCUGUGUGUGUGGAGAGCAGAGUACUGAGGCCACCAUCAAAGUCAAUGCCCAUCCCAUCACUUUCAAACAAGAACUGAAGAGCCAAGAGGUUGAAGAGGGAAACACUGUCACUUUACGUUGCGAACUCUCUAAGGCUGGUGCUCAGGUAGAAUGGUGGAAAGGAGAAGAACUGCUCAAUUCUGGGGAAAAGUUCCAGAUGAGGCAAAUGGCCACAAAAGUGGAGCUUGUCAUCAAAAAAGCAGUGCCUGAGGAUAGUGGUGUCUAUGUUUGUGUAUGUGCUGACCAGAAGUCCAAAGCUACCAUCAAAAUCAAUGCAUUACCAGUGAUAUUCAAACAAAACCUCAGAAACCAAGAGACAGUGGAAGGCAAUAGUGUCACUUUACAUUGUGAGCUUUCCAAACCUGGAGCAUCGGUGAAGUGGUGGAAGGGUCAGGAGAUACUGACUUUGGGUGAAAAGUACCACAUGAAGACUGAGGGAAGGAUUGCUGAGUUGAUCAUCAGGAAUGCAGUACUUGAGGACGUUGGUUCGUACAGCUGCACAGUUGGUGACCAGAAGACUACCUCGGAAAUCAAAGUUCAGGCUCUGCCUGUAACCUUCAAACGAGAACUCCAAAAUGAAGUUUCCAAAGAAGGAGAAACUGCCUUGUUUAGUUGUGAGCUCUCAACUGGAGCCCAAGUGGACUGGAGAAAAGGACGAGUUAUUCUGAAGGCGGGAGAUAAAUAUGACAUGAAACAAGAAGGAAGAUUCGCCAAACUUCUCAUACACAACAUUGAGGAAAGUGACGCUGGGAACUAUUCAUGUAAAACCAAGGAUUCUGAGUCAACUGCUAAACUUACUGUUCAGGUUCCACCCAUCGUUUUUAAAGUGAAGCUGAAGAACCAGGAAGUUGAGGAAGAAAGCACCAUAACCCUGCAUUGUGAGCUGUCAAAAGCUGGCAUUUCUGCUCGGUGGAAAAAAGGGGAGGAAGUGCUAAAGUCUGGAUUGAAGUAUCAAAUCAGGCAACAAGAUGCUGUAAUGGAGCUGAUUAUCAGGAAAGCAGUGCCUGAGGACAGUGGAGUCUAUAGCUGCCUAUGUGGUGAUCAGAAAACCAAAGCCACCGUCAAGGUUUUUGCAACUCCGGUUACAUUCAGACAAAGCCUGAAGAACCAGGAGGCUCCAGAGGGAGGCGUAGUAGUCCUGCAUUGUGAGCUGUCAAAAGCUGGGGUACCUGUGCAGUGGUGGAAAGGUGAAGAGGAGCUAAAUAAUGGAGGCAAAUACAAGAUGAAACAGGAGGGGUCAGUUGCUGAGUUGCACAUUAAGAAUGUCCUUCCUAUGGAUGUUGGGGAAUAUAGCUGUGUUAUCGGAGACCAAAAGACCACAGCUGAAGUGAAUGUGAGGGCUGCAGCUUCUGCGUUCUUUGAGAAGGAGUUACAGAAUCGAGAGGCAAUGGAGGGAAACUCUGUCGUGUUCAGCUGUUUGCUGUCCAGUUCAAAUGCUCCAGUGACUUGGAAAAAAGACUCAAAGCAAAUCACACAAGGUGGACGGUUCACCUUACACCAGAAGGGCUCGACUCAUGAGCUUGAGAUCAGACAGCUAAAGCCUGAGGAUGCUGGUGUUUACACGUGUAACACCAGGGGCAAGAAGUCAUCUGCGACCCUGAGAGUGAUAGAGCGUGUGAGGAUUGUGAGAGAGCUUCGGGACAUCACAGUUACUGCGGGAGAAAAUGCCCGUUUUGUAUGUGAGCUCUCACAUGAGGACGUCACUGACGGCGUGUGGUGGCUUGGUUCCAGCAUUCUGCAGGAAAAUGAAAUGAAUCAGAUGAGCUGUUAUGGCCGUGAGCAUCACCUGGUCCUCACCAUGACAACGCCUGAGGAGUCAGGUACCGUGACCUUUGUGGUAGGAGAAGAGAAGACCUCCGCUCGUCUGACAGUGAACAGUAAACCCAAAGUUUUGAUAGAAGAGAAGCUGAAGGACCUGGUUGUCUUUGAGGGUGAUACCGCCAUCUUAUCCUGUGUUACCUCCGAUGACUGCACACCCGUCACCUGGAAGCGAAACAACGUCACCCUGCUGGCAGGGGAAAAGUACGAACCCCGUAAAGAAGGGAAACGGAACCAGCUUCUAAUACACAGAGUAGGAAAGGAGGAUGCUGGAGUUUAUAUGUGUGAUACAGGAGAUGUGCAAAGCGCUGCUGCUCUCAUCAUUAAAGAGCGUCCAUUAAUCUUUCGUGAGGAACUCCACAAUCAGCAGGCUGAGGAGGGUGAAACUGCCUUCUUGUGCUGCCAGCUCUCCAAACCUGGAGUUGCAGUGCAGUGGAAGAAGGGAGCUCUGCUGCUUACACCAGGAUACAAGUAUAAAAUGAAGCAGGAUGGCUGUGAUCUACAGCUUCAGAUCUAUAACCUGACCGUUGAGGACAGCGGUUCCUACAGAUGCUGUGCCGACAGCAUUGAGACUACAGCCAGGCUUGAUGUGAAAGAACAACCACUGUUCUUCCGUGAGGAACUCCACAGUGUGGAAGCAGACGAGGGUGAAACUGCCCUCUUGUGCUGUGAACUGUCUAAACCUGGGGUUACAGUGCAGUGGAAGAAAGGAACAGUGCUCCUGAGACCUGGAAGCAAAUAUACGAUGAAGCAAGAUGGUUGUGAAUUAGAGCUUCAGAUACAUGACCUGCAACGCCAGGACAGUGGAGUCUACAAGUGCUGUGCUGGUAGCCUCGAGGCGAAAGCUAAUAUUGCAGUCAAAGAGCAACCCCUGUUCUUCCGUGAGGAUCUUCAGAAUCAGCAGGCUGAGGAGGGUGAAACUGCCUUCCUGUGCUGUGAACUCUCUAAACCUGGAGUUGUGGUGAAGUGGAAGAAAGGAGCGGUGCUGUUGUCACCAGGAGACAAGUAUGAAAUGAAACAGGACGGUUGUAAAGUGCAGCUUAAGAUCCAUGACCUGAAGGGAAGGGACAGUGGUACUUACAAAUGCUGUGCUGGUAGCUUGGUCACUACAGCAUCCGUUGUGGUAAAAGAACAACCACUUUUCUUCCGUGAAGAACUUCAAACGGUGGAAGUGGAGGAGGGCGGGAAUGCCUUGAUGUGCUGCGAACUCUCUAAACCUGCAGCUACAGUGCAGUGGAGAAAGGGCACAGUGCUGCUGAGGCCUGGAAACAAAUACGAAAUGAAACAGAAUGGCUGUCAGUUACAGCUUAAAAUUCUAGAUUUGACAACUCAAGAUAGUGGUUCCUACAAAUGCUGUGCAAGUGGCAUUGUGACUACAGCCUGCCUUGAAGUGAAAGAACAACCGUUACUAUUUUGUAAGGAACUCCAAAGUCUGGAGGUGGAGGAGGGUAAAAGUGCCCUACUGUACUGCGAACUCUCUAAACCUGGAGUUGCAGUACAGUGGAAGAAGGGCACCAAGCUACUUAGACCAGGAGAUAAGUAUGAGACGAAAGAGAAUGGAUGCGAUAUACAACUUCGAAUAUAUGACGUUUCAAGUCAGGACAGUGGCACUUAUAGAUGUUGUGCUGGCAGUCUGGAGACAACAGCAACACUUUAUGUGAGAGAGCAACCUCUGUUCUUCUACAAGGAGCUCAGAAAUCAAGAAGUAGUGGAGGGUGAAACUGCCUUGCUGCUCUGUGAGAUCUCUAAACCUGGAGUUCCAGUUCAGUGGAAGAAAGGAUCGAUGCUCCUGAAGGUCGGAGACAAAUAUGAAAUGAAACAGGAUGGCUGUAAGCUGCAGCUUAAAAUUUAUGACCUGAAUGGUCAAGACAGUGGCUCUUAUAAGUGCUGUGCGGGUAGCGCAGUCACCACAGCGUCCAUUGUAGUCAAAGAACACCCUUUGUUUUUCUGCAAGGAGCUUGAAAGUCAAGAGGGGGUAGAAGGUGAGACUGUCUUGCUGUGCUGUGAGCUUUCUAAACCUGCAGUUACAGUACAGUGGAAAAAGGGAGCGGUGCUGCUAAAGCAUGGAAAUAAGUAUGAGAUUAAGCAGAAUGGCUGUGAGCUACAACUUAAAAUCCAUGAUUUGAAGAGCCAGGAUAGUGGUGUCUACAAGUGCAGUGCUGGGAACGUAGAGACAACAGCUUCUGUUGUUGUAAAAGAGAUUUCAACUGAACCUAAGAGCAACCCUCAGGUACCACCACGCUCAAAGGGUAGGACUUUCCAAGAAGGUUCUAUUCUGGAUGGACAACACAGUGUUCUUGAACAAAAGCAGCAAUCUGUGGAUGUUGUCUCAGGGCAAACGGAGGAUGACCAUGUGAAUUUUGGUGUGAAAACCAGAGGAGCAAGACAUCCAGAAGAAAACUUCAGCAAGACGAAAGAUAAAGGAGGAUGGAAAACCCAAAAGCAGAGUGACAAGGAACAGGAGAUUUUUGUUGUAAAUGCUGCAGAGAUUUCUGCCAAACAAAUCCAAGAGAAGACAGAGCAAGUACAAAUGAAAGCUCCAUGCAAAGAUACAACAGAACGAAAACAUGAGAUGCAGGGCAAAAGCACACCUCAGGCCCCUCCUCGCAGCAAAGGAAGGUUUACCCAACCAAGUGUUGACCCACAAGGGCAACACAGUAUUCUGGAGCCAAAGAAACAGGUUGUGGUCAAGAAGCCAUCUGUGGAAACAACUUUCAGAGAUACAUCAGAGAAUGAACACCUUGAUCUCAGAGAGGAGAAAAGAGAAGAGAUACUUAAUGUGAAGGAAGCAUUACUAAGCCAAAACCUGAAAGAUGAGAAAUCAGUUGUCCCUAAUGAAACACAUCCAGAACCUAAAAAGGUUCCAUUCUCUGGUGAACCUGAGAAGAAACUGCCAAAACAUGUUCAGGAGAAAGUGGAUCAGAGAAGUAAAAAGCAACAUGUCAUUGUUGAGAACGUAUCAGAAAUGUCAUUAAAAAAGGUUUUGACCUCAGAGCCAUCUGUGGAAACGUCCUCCAGAGACAGGAUACAGGGUGAACAGCUGGAUCUUAUUGAAAACAGAACAGAGGAGAAAGAUGACACAAAGGAAACAGCACUAAGGCAAAGGGUACAAGACAAGAAACCGACUGUACAUAAUGAAAAGCAUGCAGAACCCAAAAUUGCUCCAUGCUCCAUUGAACCUCCAUUGGAGAAACUGCCAAAGCAUGUUGAGAAGAAAGCAACAAACAGGAAUAUUAUAGACCAGAGAGAUAGAAAGCCAGAGAAAAUGUCAGAUAAACAGGUUGUGACCACAGAGCCAUCUGUGGAUACGUCUUCCAGAGACAGAUUAUGGGGCGAACAACUGGGUCUCGUUGAAAAAACGUCAGAAAUGAAAGAAAAUGCAACCGAUAAUAAACCAGUUGUCCUUAAUGAAGAGCAUCAAGAACCCAAAAUUGCUCCAACUUCCAUUGAACCUGAGGAAAAACUGCUAAAGCAUGUUGAGGAGAAAGCAACAAGUGGGAAUAUUACAGACCAGAGAAGUAAAAAGCAAGAUACAAUUAUUGAGAAAGUGUCAGAAAUCAAACAAACCCCUGAACCGAACCUACCACAGGUGAUAGAUGUUAGUGUCACAGAGCAGAAAAACAGGAAUCAAGUCUUUAAAAUGAAAAAGGUCCCAGAGCUAUCAAUGACUCAACCUCAGGAGAGGAUACCAGUGGAGGUCAAAACUGAGGGUGCAAGUGUGGACAUUAAAGACCAGAAAGCUACGAAACAGGUCAAUCAGGCAGAUGCAGCUACAGAAUCAGCGAAGUGCACCACCCCUCCUCAGGCAACCCUAGCAGAACAGCCUGCUCAGGAUACUUCUGGUAUAGAAAUAAGUGCUGAGGACGAGUCAGAGAUGUUAGAGGCUGCCAUUAAGAUCCAAGCCGCCUUCAAGGGUUUCAAAGCUCGAAAGGACAUGCGACCUGUCUUUAAGGAGGUGUUCAAGAACCAGAACGUGGAGCCCAGAGACACAGUUCGUCUGGAGUGUAUUGUUGAGGGAAAGGCCAGCACAGUGCGCUGGCUGAAGGACGGUGUAGACUUGAAGUCAGGGAAAUGGACAAAGAUCAGCCACAGUGAGGAUGGUAGGUGCAUGCUGGUCGUAACUAAUGUAGUUCCCGAAGACGCAGGGAUCUAUACUUGUGAAGUUGGCAACAAGUUUGGGACAGUUAGUUACAAUGGGAAUGUGACUGUGGGUCAUACCAAGAAGCCUGUAAACCAAACUCCACAUAGACCAGCAAAAGAACCUAUGUUGGCAAAGGAAGCUGUGCAGACCUCUAAAACUAAGGAGGAGUCACUGAGAGACGCCUAUGACCUGCCUGCAGAUGAUGCCAACAGCAAGUUUCAGGAGAAAAGGCAAAGUCUGAUUUCAGUCAGUUCUGUGUCCUGUCCAUCAGAUUACGACACUGCUCCUGAUGUGGAGACAGGCUACGUCUCCAGGGAAAAUGAAGUGGAAAAGAUAAAAGUCCAAACUCAGUUUUCCCAAAGUUCAGAAGAGCAAAGGACCAUCAGUCCUGAGCCACAAAAAGCCACUGUACAGUUGAAAGUUAAAGGCAGUGAGUCAGUAAGCAGAACACCAUCUCCCAAAUACCCACAUACCCACAAGUCCUCAGCCAAUGCAGAAUCACUAUCAGAGUCAGACGGGGAUGAAGACAGAGCAGAGACGUUUGAUAUCUAUGUAGCCAAAGCAGACUGCCACCCCACUGGAGGUAAUAAGGAAACAUUUAUUCUCAAGGAGGGUCAGUUUGUGGAGGUGCUUGAUUCUGUACAUCCAGUUAAGUGGCUGGUUCGUACUAAACCAACCAAAACCACACCAUCCCGCCAAGGAUGGCUGUCCCCAGCAUACCUCGAGAAGAAGACAAAGGAGCUGUUUUUGCUGGCCCAAGACCAAGAGACAAAAGAUAUUUGCAAUAAAGGUAGAAGAACACCACCUAAGGAGGAAUAUAGAGUGACUUUACGUCAGCUGAUCAAGGGUCUGCUUGAUGGUGAGAAUGAAUUUGUGAGAGAAAUGAACUUCUUUGUGGAGAACCAUUUACAGUACAUAGAGACCAACACUCAGGUGCCACUCACCAUUCUCAGCCAGAAAGAGGGCAUAUUCCGCAACAUAAGGGACAUUGCAAGCUUCCAUGAAUGCUGUAUUUUACCAAAGCUAGGCCAGUGCACCACAGACGAUGAUGUGGCCCAGUGCUUUGUGCAUUACGCGCCAGACUUUGAGAUGCAUCUUCAGUACAUUUUAGGCCAGUCCCAAGCCGAGGCCUGCAUAUCAGACAAAAACACGCAGCAUUUCUUUAAGCAAUUCGCCAACACUGCAUUCGCACAUUCGGAUACUCAAACCUUCAGUGUCAGCACCUACUUACAGAGACCGCUGGAGAGGAUUCAGACAUACAAGACUCUCCUCAAGGAGUUGAUAAGGAAUAAAGCAAAGAGUGGGCAGAGCUGUUGUUUACUAGAGGAUGCCUUUUCCAUGGUGUCCAGCUUGCCUUGGCGUGCAGAGAACCUGCAGCAUGUGUCCCUGAUUGAGAACUACCCAGCACCUCUUAAAGGACUUGGAGAGCCAAUUCGACAGGGUUCUUUUAUCGUAUGGGAAGAAGCACCUGGGACCAAAAUCUCACUGAGAGGUCACCAUCGUCACGUCUUCCUCUUUAAGGACUGUGUCAUAUUCUGCAAGCUGAAGAGAGACUUGAACACUCAUUCCGAAGUUUACGUAUUCAAGAACAAGAUGAAGCUAAAUGACAUUGAUCUGAAGGACACAGUGGAAGGGGACGACAGAUGCUGGGGUCUGUGGCAUGAACAUCGCGGUACAGUCAGAAAGAUCACUCUUCAGGCGCGCACUAUGCUCACCCGUCUGUCCUGGCUCAAAGACCUCCGGGACCUCCAGCAGCGCAGCAGAAUUCCACUAUGGAGUUCGCCGUGUUUUGAGCUGAUUCUAAAUGAAUCCACAGCUAAAAUUGGACAAACUGUAAAACUGGCCUGCAAAGUCACUGGAACCCCAAAACCAGCAGUAACUUGGUACAAAGAUGGUGUUGUUGUGAAAGAUGACCAGCAUCAUAUCAUCUCAGAGGGACACUCAGGUGCCUGCUAUUUGGUUCUGGCUUCCGUGACGGGGGAAGACACUGGUCAGUACAUGUGUUAUGCAGCUAGCCCUAUGGGUAACGCUAGCACUCUGGCCAAGAUCACUGUUGUUGUGCCUCCAAGUUUUACUACCAAACUUCAGAACACUCUGCUGGUGAAAGGCAGAGAUGUGCAGUUCCAAUGUUCAACUGGAUGCAUUCCUGUGCCCACUGUGAGGUGGUUUAAGGACAACAAACAGCUGGGGAAUACCAAGAAAUAUGAAAUUCACACUGAUAUGCAGACAGGGGUCCUCAAAAUAAUUAUAAAGAAGGCGAAGGAGGCAGACCUGGGGCAAUAUGAGUGUGAGUUGCUGAAUGAGGUGGGCAGUGCCAAGUGCAAAGCGCAGCUGUAUUCUGCACCACCUCCUGCAGCAGAAAGCCCUAAAGACAAACCACUGGUCGCCUCAGCUCCAGAUACAGAAUCAGAAGGCUGGUCCAGUGCUUUGGUGAAGAACCUGUUCCACAUGUUCUUUCAGUCUGGAUCCUCCAAACAAUCUGCAGGUGGUCCAAGUGAGACUCAAGCUGAAGACAAACAGGAAAUUCAGGAGAGACGAGAGGACGUUCCAGAAGAAGAGACCUCAGUGGAGUCCAACAAGACAUUUUUUAUCUCCGAGACAGAGGAGGAUGAGUACGCAGAUCCUCCUGAGGUGCAGGUGGCCAUGGAGGACCUGUGUGUAAGACCUGGCCAACCUGCAACUUUCUCUGCUGUUAUUACUGGGCAGCCCAUCCCAGAGAUCACCUGGUUAAAGGACGGUAUUAAGCUCGUCUCCGGUGAGCACACUGAGCUGGUCCAGAGUGGAGCUCGCUGCUCUCUCAAUCUGCUGGGUGUGAAUGUUGCUGACUGUGGCACGUACACCUGCACAGCCACAAACAGAUCAGGACAUGCCUCCUGCCACGCCCAGCUCACAGUGGACACAGGUCCUGAGGAGUUUGAAGAAGAGCAGGAGAGGGAGGUGGAGGUGGAGGUGGAGGUGGGGAGAAGGAGGAAGCUUCACUCUGUUUAUGAUGUCCAUGAAGAGAUUGGAAGGGGCACUUUUGGGGUGGUGAAGCGAGUCACACACCGGGCGAGUGAGGAGGUUUUUGCUGCUAAGUUCAUCCCUCUGAGGAGCAGCACGAGGACCAGGGCCUUCCAGGAGAGAGACCUGCUGUCCCGGCUGGCUCACUGCAGGCUGGUCUGCCUACUGGACUUCUUCUGUACACGCCGGACCCUUGUCCUCAUUACAGAGAUCUGCUCCUCUCAAGGAUUACUGGAUCAUUUGCUACUAAAAGGAACCGUCACAGAGCGAGAGGUCCGGAUGUACAUUCAGCAGCUUCUGGAGGGGAUUGGAUAUAUUCACAGCAUGAACAUCCUGCAUCUCGAUAUCAAAACAGACAAUAUCCUAAUGGUGUCCCCUGAGAGAGAGGAGCUUAAAAUCUGUGACUUUGGGUUCUGCCAGGAGAUUGACAUUUCCAGACACCAGUACAGUGUUUAUGGGACCCCUGAAUUUGUGGCCCCUGAAAUUGUGCACCAGGAACCAGUGACCACAGCAACGGAUAUCUGGUCUGUUGGUGUUGUUUCUUACUUAUGUCUGACAGGCCAUUGCCCGUUCUUUGGAGAGAAUGACCGUGCAACCCUGAUGAAGGUAGCAGAGGGCGUUCUGUACUGGGAUAUUCCAGAAAUCAGCAGCAGGAGUGAUCAAGCACAAGAUUUCCUACACAGAGUUUUGCAGCCAGACCCAGAGAUGAGACCGUCAGCAUCAGAGAGUCUGAGUCAUGAGUGGUUUCAGGUCCAAUGUGAAGAUGUGCAAGCUGACAGUAUUGAUACAAGGAGCCUAAAAUCUUUUAUCUCUAGACGGAAGUGGCAGCGCUCUCUGACAUGUCUUGGAUCGGUCCUGACUCUGCGGCCAAUCCCUGAGCUGCUGGAGGCUCCACUGUCUGAAGUUUCUGUCACAACCCCUCGAGAUACUCAUGAGCCCAGCAGCACCUCCCUCAGCAGCACCUCCUCCUCUGAGUAUGACGAGGCUGACGCAUGGGGCUUCUUCCAGCAAACCAGCCAGGAAGAAGAGGAGGGCAGGGAGGAUGAGGAUGAAGAAGAAUACAACCCAUACGCUUGUCUACCUAAAAUAACACCAAGUCUAAAGAUAAAUGAAGAGGAUAGAAUUAUGGAGCAAGCCCAGAGAGGCAUGGUGGUGAUUCCUUUAAACAAGCCAUCCAGAGAGUCACCCACGCUGUCCCCAGAGCCGGCCAGCACUACGAAACAGAAUCAGAGUCAGCUUUAUAUCACAUCAAGUGUUGAGCCGAGUAAUAGACUUCUGGCCCAUAGUGAAGGUGGUUACGAGGAGGAACAGGAUAUCGGCCCAUCCCUGUGCCACCGUGAACAGGACGAGGGCUUGGACCUUGGAACCCCCAUCCCACGUGGGAAUGUGAUCAAGAGUACCUUCUACAGCAGCUCCCAGCAGCUUUCCCCCAUGUCCACUCGUCAUAUGAUGCUCCGGGACAAGCUUCACGGCAGGAAACAGGAAAGAGGGCGGAAGUCGUUGCGCUCAAGCCUUUCUGGGAGGCUGAAUGAACCACUCAUAGAGUAUGUGGAGGACUCUCCAGAUGCGGAGGCUGGACGUGGCCAGAGGAGAGGGUCAGUACAUUCAGCUACUAUGAAAUCCAGCUCAUUCGACUGCGGAGCGAGUCCUGCUCAUUCAGAUGUCCGUGUCCAGAGAAGGAGCAGGUCGCUGGAUGAAUCCACGAGACGACCGGCAGUUUCCGUGGAGCAGAGGAAGUUGGGAGAUGAUGAGGAAGGCAUUGAUUUAGGCCAUGAGGAUGAGUUCACUGAUGAAGAGGAAGACGAAACCCCAGAGAUGUUGGCGAGAGAGACAUCACAACGUACAACUGUGACUUCACAAGGUUCAGGACAGCAGAGGAUGCUGGGAGAUGAUGAGGAAGGCAUUCAGUUAGGCCAUGAGGAUGAGUUUACUGAUGAAGAGGAAGACGAAACCUCAGAGAUCCUGGCAAGAAAGAUGUUACGACGUUCUUCACUUGCUCCUCUGACACUGACCUCUGGGGUUGUGGCAAAAGUGACAGCACAGAGGUCUAGCAUGGACGAGCAGCCAAUCAGCACCCUGUCUCAUGUAGAUGGCAUCCAAUCUCAGCCUGGGGAGGAGAAUGUUGUUGGUUCACAGCUGAGUCUCGCUGAGUCGUCUGUCCUUGAACAUGGCUCAGAGGCUUCUAGCAGAUUGGGCUUCUUUGAAGGACUCGCUCCCACUCACCUUCCGAUCUCACAAAGACGGCAUAAAGAGUAUGACGAAUCAGACGAGCGACUGGGUGCACUGUCAUCUGGAAAAGCCUCAGAGUGUUCUCUUUUACAGGACUCUGAAGAUGAAGACGUGGAGAGGGUUCUGAGGUCCCUCCGCCAAGAGCACCUCCAAACUCUACCAAAACAGUGCACACAUAACUCUGGAACAAGCGACACAAACAAGAACAUUACAUUGAGGCGAAGCUCCUCUGCAGUUCCCAUACGCCCGAUUUUAACAUCCCCAGAAAGCAGAGAAGUGCUUCAGAGGCAUGCAUCUGCCCCGGCGCUGCAAGCCAAACCCCCUAGUGGGAAAUCGGCCAAAGCUGGACUUCUGAAGAUCUUCCGCAGGCAGUCCUGGACGGGACACUCCAGCUCCCAGACAGAGGGCUCAGGCAAGAGGGUUGAUGAAGGUCCACACCCACAACAGAAGACUCCUCUACUCACUCUGAGGAAGAAGAUGAGGGCUUCGGCCUCCAGCAUCACCAAGCUUUUCACCAAGCAGUCCAGUAAAGAGGGCAAGGAGGAGAAAAGAGCAGGACCAAUUGUGAAGAAUCCUGUUCCUCCUGAGAAAGCCAGCAUCACCUCUGACUUUCUGCCAUCAGUUCCCUUCUCAGGAAGCCCUCAGAAAAAAUCGAAGUUCUUCUCUCUCAAAGUGCCAAGCUUCAAAAAGAGCAAAGAGAUGCCAGUCAAGCCCUCCAGACCGGAUGUGAUCCAGCUGGCCGGUGGUGGAGCUCUGGUGUUCUGGAAGCCAGUGCCAUCCAGUGGUCCUGUCACUUACUGCAUACAGCACAGCGUAAAUGGUGGCGAGUGGAGAAUGCUGUGUGAGAGUGUGACAGAUAGCUGCUACGUAGCUAACGCGCUACCUAGAGGACCAGGCUACAUGUUCCGAGUGGCCUGCAUCACCAAAACAGGGUCAGGACCUUUCAGUGACCCUUCACCACCUGCUUUUAUGACAGCCCCAUAUGAAGACUCUCAUAUUCCUCUGAUCCUGAUGGAAUCCACUGGAUCUAAGAUCACUGUGCCUGGAGGCCUGGGCUCUGAGAGAUCUUACAGCUUCCAGUCUGAGAUCAACAGGGGUCGUUUCAGUGUGGUGAUGCAGUGUGAGGACAGCAGGAGUUCUCGGCCGCUGGCAGCGAAGCUGACCCCGUACGAGCCAGAGCAGAGGCAGCUGGUGCUGAGGGAGUAUCAGCUGCUGCGGAGGCUGAGCCACCAGCACCUUGUCCAGCUCCACUCUGCCAUCCUCACCCCAUCAUGCCUCGUGCUUAUCGAGGAGCUCUGCUCCGGCCGAGAAAUCCUCUACAGCCUGGCUGACAGGGAUGUGUAUGCGGAGCUGCAUGUGAGUGAGCUGCUGCGGCAGGUCCUGAAUGGGGUGGACUACCUGCACGGCCGCCACAUCGUCCACCUGGACCUGCGGUCUGACAACGUGCUGGUGACCGACCGCAGCGUGGUGAAGAUUGUGGACCUGGGCUCCGCACAGCCUUUCACUCCAGGACAGACGCUCAACAUUGAGCACAUCAAAGAGACGACAGAGAGUAAAGUCUACAUUGUCCUUCCUAAAGCUCCUGAGAUUUUGGAGGGGCAAGGUGUUGGACCUGCCACAGAUAUUUGGGCUCUUGGUGUUCUGGCUUUUAUCAUGCUGAGUGCGGACAGCCCGUUCCAUGCGGAGCUGAACUGGGAGAGGGAUCGGAAUAUCAAGAAAGGAAAGAUCCAGUUCGGACGCUGCUAUCCAGGACUUUCUGAAGGAGCCAUUAACUUCCUGAAGACCACUCUGAACAAUAAGGCCUGGGGAAGGCCGUCUGCUGCUGAGUGUCUGCAGGACAGCUGGAUACGAGGAGACUGCAGCCAUGCCAAGCGCGCAGACUCGGUGGUGUGCUUCUCCACAGACAAACUGCAGGCUUUUCUGAGGCAGCGUGAGGUCAAACGAGACCACGCUCGCACCAAAGCCGCUCCCCCGCUGUCCUAACACACCUGGAGAACCAAAAAGGAGGAGUCAGAGUUCUUAAGCAGGAGUUACUGUGAACACACAAACUAGCAAAAGACAAACGUUCUUCAUGACGAGAGAAACACCAAGUACAGUGGGGUCCAGAGGUCUGAGACCACUAGUGGAAAUACUUCUAUUUGCAUUACUUUCCAAUUCAAUACAAGGGCUUUCAUUACAAAUUAUAUUGUCUGAAUAAAAAUUAGUGUGAAAAGUAAAAUCUUUGAAAUCUGAACGUGAAUUUCAGUUUUUUUAGU